UUGAUCUUUCUCCCUCUAUAAAAGUCGCGGGCUGGUGGAUUUGUGCAGUUUUUAGUCUCUUCCCUUGCUACCCUGUCAUCUCUCUAUUUCGUGUCUCGUUUUCGGACAGUAGUUUUUUUUUUUUUUUCAAAAUUCAACGUUUAAUUUUUUUGCAAGAUAUUUUUUCCCCGUAGAAUUUAAGGUAUUUUCAUCGAAAAAAUGUCGUUCGUUUCUUUCGUCGGAAGAGUUCUUUUCGCUUCAGUGUUUAUCCUCUCUGCUUGGCAAGAGUUCAAUGAUUUUGGUGUUGAUGGAGGGCCAGCAGCGAAGGCACUGAAACCAAAAUUUAAUGUCUUCUCAAAGCUUGUGUCAUCUCAUACAGGGGUGGAAGUGCCAGAAUUUGAAAUUAAGUAUCUAGUUGCUGCCAUUGUAGCCUUUAAGGGUGUUGGGGGCAUCUUUUUCAUCUUUGGAAGCACCAUCGGAGCUUAUCUUCUGGUUCUGCAACAGUUCAUUGUUACUCCUAUAUUGUACGACUUUUACAACUAUGACAUGGAAAAGAAAGAAUUCGGUCUGCUUUUUACAAAGUUCACCCAGAACUUGGCACUGUUAGGGGCAUUGUUCUUCUUUAUUGGCAUGAAGAACUCAAUGCCCAGGAGACAACUCAAGAAAAAGGCUCCAAAAUCCAAAACAGUUUGAAGAGGAAAGUCCGGUAAACUGAGGCUAUAGUUUCUUGUUUGAUCUCUGGCUACCUGGCUGAGUCCAGAUCUAUUUUUGUAUGCUUGUAUCAGGGCUUUGUUUCUUCAAGAUUAGGGAAAAAGGGGAUACUACUUAGACAGUUUGAUGUUAAGUACUAAGUUGAGUUCAUGGUUAUUUAAUUGAGUUUCAGAAAGAAUUUGAUAAUUUUGCUUUUGAAUA